AUGCCGGAGGACCCCGAGGACAUGUUCGAGAGCCUUGAGAGCACGACGCCUGGCUACCGGCCGGCGCCGCGCCAGCAUGUCACCGGCGGCACGAGCGAGCCGAAGGACGGCACAGACGAGGACGAGGAGGACCCGGUCUCCCCGGAGGACUUCGGCGGGGGCGCCGCUGCCCCGCCCAACAGCCCCGCCGGUGCCGCGCCGGGUGCCAG